GUGUCUCGUCCUCCUGGGACGAGCUGUGGCGGCCUCCAGGAGCCUGUUAAACUUAGCAUUCCUCGUUACGUUCUCCGCGGGCAGGGGAAGGACGAGCACUUUGAGUUUGAGGUGAAGAUCACUGUGAUGGACGAGACGUGGACGGUGUUCAGACGCUACAGCCGCUUCCGGGAAAUGCACAAGAGCCUGAAGUUAAAAUAUCCAGAGCUCGCCGCUCUCGAUUUCCCGCCAAAGAAGCUGUUUGGAAACCGGGACGAGCGAAUGGUCGCCGAGCGGCGGAAUCACCUGGAGCGUUAUCUGAGGAACUUGUUCCGAGUGAUGCUGUCGUCCUCCAGCUCGCCCCUCCGAGCGGACGAAGACGGCCUUUUCCAUCUGUCCAAACGAGACGUCUGCGACUUCUCCUCGUUCUUCAAGAAAGGCGUCUUCGAGUACAGUAGCCACGGCACCGGCUGACCGCCGCGCCGCAUCAGAGGGCGGCGGAAACCUCUGACAAACCAAAACAUAAACAGAACUGCUCGGUGCCUUUUUCCCGGCGCCUCAGCGGGUCAGGAGCAGGGAAAACGUGCAGGUCAGCUUUUCCUCUCCGGCUCCCUGCUGUCGUCAGACUCGGCCAAUCAGUUGCUGCUCAGCACGAGUGUUUGUCCAGAGGCAGGUGGGACUCUGCACGAUCCGUGGUCUGUAUGUAACGCGCUCAGCUGCUCGCGCUCAGUGGGUCUGAGCGUUUUUAGAAUCACUUCAUUAAACCUUCACUCGUUUCAGAAGAGCUGCUCCUCUGUUUGCACUGCGAUCAUCAGGAGGUGGAUCUCUGUAUCGCUGAGCGCCGCGCUGUCACAACACAACAGGCGAACGAUCACACCUCAGUUAACAGCAGCCACACUGAACCUGGACAGUUACUGUGAGGCGUCUACAUUAUGUAUAAUUCAGUUCAGCUUUAUUUACACAGCGCCAAAUCACACAGUCGCCUCAAAGCACUUUAUACUGUAAGGUCGACCCUACAAUAACACAUACAGAGAAAAACCCAACAAUCAUAU